UGUCCGCGAGACAAGCGACCGGUCACAAAUCGUUGUGCACUCCACUGCUGAGGAUCUACACUGCAGGCUAAGGUUGAGGAGAGCUGUGCCGUCUAACCCGUGAAGGUUCAAUUUUAACUGGGUUUUAGUUGAAUACCUGGACACGCAUUGCGUUUACAAUUAUCGAUUAGCGCCGUCGGCCAAUAUCAAACUGCGUGAAGGAUAUCAGCAGUAUAGCUUGGUGGCUCAAAUAGUAACGUUAGCUAAUGUGCAAGGGCCUCGCUCUUGAUAGCUAGUUUGCUAGCUAGCGGUCAUAACUUGUCAAAGUAGCGGUGUCUUGGGCGGUUUUAACCUUGUUUUGUGUGGUUGGUUCUUAACUACAAGCUAUAUUGGAACGACGACAAACUUGGUUUAAUUCAUAAAAAUUAAACUCGCCCGAACCCGUCCUGUGCCUCUGUAGAAUUGUGCUAUGGGCUUGCUGUCACAAGGGUCGCCGCUUUGCUGGGAAGAAACCAAAAAGUACGCUGACCAUGUACGAAAGCAUGGGAUAAUACAGUUUCUGAACAUUUACAACAAGGUGAAGGAUCGCCAGAAGGAUGUCCUCAAAUGGGGUGAUGAGGUGGAAUACAUGUUGGUUGAAAUGGAUGAUAAAAAUGAAAAAGUCCGUCUUGUGUUGAACGGUGGCGAAGUCCUACAGACUCUCCAAGACAAAGGUGAAUUAACCAAUCCCAACCACCCCACCCUCUGGAGGCCAGAGUAUGGCAGCUACAUGAUCGAGGGGACCCCUGGUCAGCCGUACGGAGGGACCAUGUCUGAGUUCAACACGGUGGAGGACAACAUGGACAAGCGCAGGAGAGAGGCCUCCUCUGUGCUCAAUGACAACGAAACCCUCUGCACCGUCACAUCCUUCCCAAGGUUAGGUUGUCCGGGGUUCACCCAACCAGAACACAAACCCACUCCUGUGGAGAAAGGAGUGUCCAAGUCCCUGUUCUUCCCUGACGAAGCCAUUAACAGGCACCCGAGGUUCAGCACCCUCACUCGAAACAUUCGCCACAGAAGAGGAGAGAAGGUGGCGAUCAACGUACCUAUAUUCAAAGACAAGAACACACCUUCUCCAUUUGUGGAGAACUUUCCAGAAGAUGAUGGGGAGGCAGCAAGGGCAGCUCUUCCUGACCACAUCUACAUGGAUGCCAUGGGCUUCGGAAUGGGCAACUGUUGCCUACAGGUGACGUUCCAGGCUUGUAGCAUUAGCGAGGCGAGGUACCUGUAUGACCAGUUAGCCACCUUCUGUCCCAUUGUGAUGGCUCUCAGCGCAGCCUCACCCUUUUACCGCGGGUAUGUGUCAGACAAUGACUGCCGCUGGGGAGUCAUUUCUGCGUCAGUGGACGACAGGACAAGAGAGGAGCGGGGGCUGGAGCCUCUGAAAAACAACAAAUUUCGGAUCCACAAGUCAAGAUACGACUCAAUUGACAGCUACCUCUCCUGCUGUGGCGAAAAGUAUAAUGACAUCGAACUGACCAUAGAUGAGGACAUCAACAAACAGCUCCUAGAUGCAGGGAUCGACAAACUGCUGGCUCAGCACAUUGCUCACCUCUUCAUUCGAGAUCCCCUCUCACUGUUUGAGGAGAAAAUUCACCUAGAUGAUGAGAAUGAGUCGGACCACUUUGAGAACCUUCAGUCAACCAACUGGCAGACAAUGAGGUUUAAGCCCCCUCCCCCAAACUCUGACAUCGGAUGGAGAGUUGAGUUCCGUCCCAUGGAGGUCCAACUGACAGACUUUGAGAACUCGGCCUACGUUGUCUUUGUGGUCCUGCUCACCAGAGUGAUCCUGUCGUACAAGCUUGACUUCCUCAUCCCUCUGUCAAAGGUGGAUGAGAACAUGAAGGUGGCUCAGAAGCGGAAUGCCGUUCAGGAAGGCAUGUUCUAUUUCAGGAAGGACAUCUUCAAAGGCUGCAGCCCGGUCUUAGAUGGGUCUUCAAAUGCCCAGAAUGGUCUAGAAGGAGAUGAUGACCAUGAAGAAUACACCUUAAUGAGCAUUGACACCAUCAUCAACGGAAAGGAAGGAGUAUUCCAAGGGCUGAUCCCAAUCUUGAACUGCUACCUGGAAAAUAUGGAGGUGGAUGUAGAUACCCGCUGCACCAUCCUGAACUACCUGAAACUCAUCAAGAAACGGGCCUCAGGGGAGCUGAUGACCAUGGCAAAGUGGAUGCGGGAGUUUGUGGCCAAACACCCCGAAUACAAGCAGGACAGUGUGAUCACUGACAAGAUCAACUACGACCUGCUCAAGAAAUGUGACAGGAUUGCACGGGGAGAGGAGCGAUGCCCAGAGCUUGUUGGCGAGCCUAUCAACAGAGGCAGAUAAAAGGGUGGCUUUGCCAAAAGAGGAAAAUAAGUCCUGAUCCUAUCCAACUGAAAUCAAUUUGCAUGAAUGACCAAAUGUGAUGACAGAAAGAAGAAGAAAAAAUAUACAAGGGUCCAAACUAUCUUUGGCUUGAAGAAAGAAUUGCAUGUGUAGAUUUACAAAGAUCAGGAUGGAUGUACUAAUUUUGUAUAUAUCAGAUUUUUAUGACUGAAAAUUAUUUUAAUAGAUUAAGAAUCAGCAAUCAGUUGAAUACUGUAAUUCCAGUCUGACAUGUAAAUAUUUCCCCGCAGUGAUUGGUAACGGGAUGUGCUUUCUGUUUGUAUGACUGUAUGUAUAUGUAGCCCAACCAGAUUGUACAUCAGUAAGAUUUCCAUGUUCUGUAAAUAUCAUCCCUCUGAGCUCUGAACAAUCAAGCAUAUUUUCAUGAAAUAUGUCUGUACUUGUUCAGAGGUUCUUUUAAAAGAAAUUAUUUUAGUUUGCUAACUUGAUCUGCAGUGUCUGAGAACCUUUUAACGAAGCGCUGUUUGUCUUUGCAUCUAGCUAUAACACUAAACCGAAGAAUAGAACCGAAGACAUUCGGGUGAACGUGACACAACCUGUUUGGAUUUUAGGUGACAAGGAUCUUGAAAUAAAACUGUAAACUGCA